AUGUCGCAUUCCUCCCUCGCAAACAGCCAGAACGUGCCUGCCGGGCCUUCCACAGCGCCCCCUUUCGCGCUUCCCAAACUUGUAUUCUCGAUUGUCGACGUGCGCAACGCUAGUCCCGAGGCCCUCAGGGUCAUCCGUGGCAUAGGCGUUCCCGUUCCAGAGAAUAUCGGCUGGGCAGCGUCACCGUCCUCUUCCACCUCUUCGUCUCCAUCGCCGUCCGACUGUUCGUCUCCUUCGUCCGUUUUGUCUGAUGGCGGACUCGAACCCGCAUCCGGUCCUUCUCGGAGAACCAAGCAGUCAAAUGACGCUCGCCGGAAGGCUGCAGGCCCUAGGGCUCGCACCAAGACCUCAUCCGAAGUGCCGCGGCCACCCAACUGCUUCAUCCUCUUCCGCCAACAGUUCACGGGCUCGAAAGAUGGGCAGAAGUACCUUCAGACCGUUGAGGGGAAGCAGAACAACCUCUCCCGCGUUGCGGGCGCCCUCUGGCGUAAGAUGACCGAGGAGGAGAAGGAGCCGUAUCGUCUCAUGCAGCAGGAGCUCGCCCGCCAACAUAAGCUGGCGAAUCCGGACUACCAGUUCGCUCCCUCGCGCCGCGGUCCGACGAAAAAACGCGUCAACAAAAACAAGGACUCUGACAUCGCCGUCUCGGAGCUUGUGGCCAACCUUCACCAGACGCUCCCGACCGACGCGGUUGUCGAGGCGAGCGAGCGCUUCAAGGUGGAGUUCAAGGCGAAGCGUGCUUCUACAAGCCCUACGGGCUCUCCUGCUCGUUCGAUCUCGCCAGCAGGUACCCCCAAGGCCUUCGCCGAUCCCUUGUAUCCGCCGGGAGACCGUACGCCUCAGCCGCGUCCCGCUCAACCCAGGGUCAUCGAGCUUGCUCCGGCGCCGACGUUUGUGCCAUCGUCCGUCCCGGCUUCAGAGCCGUCCCCGUCUUCUGCGACACACUACCCAGCUCAGUCGACUUCCUACUACUCGACGCAGUCGCUGCAGGCGUACUCGUACAACGCCACGUCUGCACCUGGCGUCCAGGAACCCUCGUCUUGGUCUGCGCAGGCAACCUCGCAACCGUACCAAAAUAUACCGGCGCAGUUGUCCGUUCCCGAGCAGCUCUUCUCUCAGCCUUCCACGUACCAACAGGAUGCUGAAUUUGCCUACCAACCGUACAGCGUCGAGCAAAUGCCAUCCGACAUGUCCCUGGCUCUGGACCUCGCGCCGGUCGACGCGUACCCGCUCGAGCAUACCAUGUCCGCUGCCUCGAUGGAUAACCAGCAGCAGCUCCCAGACUUCAAUCCGACACUGUUCGACAACAUGAUGACCCCGAUGCCCACCUUCGGUCAGCGCUUCCUCGCGAACACCCAAAAUGUCUCGCUAGACGCUCGCGGCACGGCACUGGCCCCUCAGUUCUACCCGGAGCAAUUCGUAACUCAACAGCAGUACUCAACCACAGCUCCUGAGCAACAAUGGGCGCUCCCGGCCUUGGCGACUCCUGUUCCUGACUUUGGAGAUAUUACUGGGUUCGACAUCGACGCGAUGAAGCAGGAGCUUGACCAAGCGCAGAGGCAGUACUUCCAGGACAACGGCCAAUACCUCCACGACUACUCCCAGGAUACCCAUGCGCAGUGGAACGCAUAA